GAGGGGACGAGUUUCGGGUAGAGAGUGUAAACCUAGUGGUGCUCAAAAAUUUGAGAACCUUGUUGAUAAAAAACGAACUUUAAAUCUAUUAAAAUGGCUAAUAUGGCAGUUUCGAGAAUAAAGCGUGAAUUCAAAGAAGUCUUAAGAAGUGAAGAAAUUGCACAAUGCUCAAUAAAACUGGAGCUGGUUAAUGAUUGCUUCACAGAACUUCGAGGAGAAAUAGCAGGUCCACCUGAUACUCCAUAUGAAUUUGGAACAUUCCUGCUCGAAAUUCAUGUACCAGAAACUUAUCCUUUCAAUCCUCCUAAAGUCAAAUUUCUCACAAAGAUCUGGCAUCCAAAUAUUUCAUCAGUGACUGGUGCAAUUUGUUUAGACAUAUUGAAAGACAAUUGGGCUGCAGCGAUGACACUUCGAACAGUUUUGCUAUCGCUUCAAGCUCUCUUAGCUUCACCCGAGCCUGAUGAUCCUCAAGAUGCUGUGGUUGCUUCACAAUACAAGGAAAACUUUGAGAUGUUCUGUCGUACAGCAAAGCAUUGGACAAACUCAUAUGCUAAAGGUCCUCAUAAGUUUCCAGAUUUUGAUACAAAAAUCCAACGUCUUAAAGAUAUGGGAGUUAGUGAAUUUGAUGCACGAGCUGCACUCAGCCGCCACAAUUGGGAUCUAAAUCGGGCUACCGAACAAUUGUUCAGUUAGUGCACGAAGAAAUUUCUUCCAUAAAGACUUGUAAUGCUGAAUAAUAUAUUUACCAACUGAUAGUUUUCAAUAUUUUGUGGAGGAAAAAGGAAAAGUUAUUUUGUUAAUGUCUUUGGGUGUCGUAAAAAUUUUUAUUUAAAUUUUACAAACAUGUGUUUGGAGCGAACCGAUUGUUUGCAGAUUUUCGUAGUUAUAUCCUUUCAUUUUUUUCAAUCACUCUGAGUCUUUAAGUUGAUGUUAUGAAACAUUCAUAAUUGAUGUCCAUUAGAAGAAAUGCAGAAUAUAUUGAAUCACCUUUUUAUUUGUAGACAUCAAUAGUGACAAUUCAUAAGAGACAUUAAUGAAUUAUGCAUCACUAUUUUAAGAACAAGAAAUAAAGACUUCUUUAAAUUUAA